AUGCAGGUCCUUUCCCUUCUCCUGGCGGUUGGGUCCGUCAGCGCCUACACCGUCACCAACGUCGAUCUGUUCAUGUUCAAGAACAUCGAUCCUAUCGUCACGCCCGGCCAGUAUGUGAGCCACAUGCACAGCUUCUUCGGUUCGGACGCGGUCAACGUCAACACGACGACCUCUGCUGAGCUGCGUGAGGGCUGCUCCACGGCUAAGAACCCCAACGAUUUCUCCGUCUACUGGGUCCCUACCCUUUACCUCGUCGACAAGGACGCAGCCGAUGGCCAAACCCACACCCCCAUCACCCCCAUGCGCUUCAGCGCCUACUACGAACUCCUGAACGAGGCCGAGAUCCCUAUCCCAGAGGACUUCCAGAUCGUUAUUGGAAACGCCUCCGCCACCGGUCCGGAGGGCCUCAAUGAGGAUGCCAAUGUAAGCUGGGCCUGCGAGGGCGACGAAACCGAGGAAGGGAAGGAACUUGCUGCCUUCCCGACAAAGACCUGCUCAACGCACCUGCAGACCCUGCUUUGGUUCCCGGACUGCAUCAACCCGGACACCUACGAGACCGGGUACUCCAAGAACCCGAAGGCGUUCGAGGGAUACGGCGACAACUGGUGUCCCACUGGUAUGAAGAAGUUCCCUCGCCUGCGCUUUUCAAUCCGCUAUGAUCUGAGGAAGAUUCUGCCGGAUGGAUGGGAGGGAGAGCCGCCUCUCGAGCUUGCUUGUGGCAGCUCGUACUGCAGCCACGGCGACUUUAUCAACGGCUGGUUGCCUGAAGCUCUGGAGUACAUGUUGAACGAUCCUUCCAAGAGGGAGUACUUCCAGGUCGUGGGGCCUCUGGGUGCGGGUGAUCAGGGCACCGCGUGUACGAGCACGGCCGAGGACAGUGACCCGGACCAUGGAACCAGCGACUAUGAGGAGAGCUUGAAGAUGAUGCAGACGGCGACUGGCAUUGAGGUGGAGGAGAAGCAGGUCGACACGGAGGAGACUGCUGUGGAGGGCACCUGCAAGGUGAAGAAGGUUCGAAGGCACCAACCGCAUUCGGCUCACCACCGGGCUUAG